CAAUUACUACGAGAAAUCAGGUCAUAACUUGCAAAUCAAUUACUUGGAGUUGUAACAUGGAUGACUUUCGGAAGUUAGGAAAUUUUUGUUUACUGGUAAACUUUAAAACUUGUAGGCCCGUGCCAAUGUCAAAAAAUUGCAAUAACAUACUUGUGGGACUAUAUCAGACAGGGAGAAAAUAGAAACAACUCGUGACCCACUUGUUAAGAAACCAUGGAAUCGAGUGCGUUAGAUUUCGUGGCACAAUCUUGCAUGGAUUUAACAGAAGCCUUGAACACCGCAGUAUCUGAAGCAGACAGAGAUAUUUUGAUUGUCAAUCAUAUAAAAAAAGUUUCGUCUGUAGUUACCGCUGUUGAAGAUUUUAAAAAAGAUUUAGAAUGGGUUAAUGUGUCUGAGCCAAUUUCUUUAUCUCAACAUUGUAGUGACAAAAUAGUUGUUCUGGACUUUUGGACAUAUUGCUGCAUUAAUUGUUACCAUGUUCUGCCUGAUUUAGCACAUUUGGAAAAGCUACAUAGUGUUGAAAAUGGACUUGUUGUGAUUGGAGUACAUUGUGCCAAGUUUAACAAUGAAAAGGAUUCAUCAAAUAUUCUUGCAGCUGUGAGGAGGUAUAACAUUCACCACCCUGUUGUCAAUGAUGCAGAUAGCUCAUAUUGGGAAGCUCUUGGAAUACAUUGUUGGCCUACACUACUCAUAUUAGGUCCAGGAAAUAAACCAUUAUUUGUUCUAACUGGUGAAGGGCAUAGAGAAGAGCUGGUAUCUUUUGUUGGUGUAGCUAUAAGACAUUUUGGUUUCCGUAUCUCCACAGCAGAAAUACCUAUGUCACCUUCUAAUUAUAUUAGACCCAAAGAUUGUGAUGUUUUACAAUUUCCAAGCAAGGUGGCAUUAAAUCCUUUCUAUCGUGGUAGAGGUGAGGAGCCAUUUUUAGCGAUUUCUGACACGGGCAACCAUCGUGUAAUUUUAACAGACUGCUCUGGUAUCAUUCUGCGUAUUAUUGGUGGACCAGAACCUGGAUUUAAGGAUGGCAAGCUGAGCGAGGCGCGCCUGAACUCGCCUCAGGGUGUGUGCUGGCUGUCGGGCAGCGUCCUGGCAGUCUGCGACACCAACAACCACGCAGUGCGCGCUGUACAUCUUGACGAUGGCACUGUUGAGAUCCUCGUUGGUACGGGGGAACAGUCGCACACCGGGGAUUUAGGAGGCAAGUGCCUCGGCAUGCAGGCGCUGUCGUCUCCAUGGGAUGUGGUGCUGUACACCACACCCGACAUGGACAUGUCCAUCCGGCCGCAGCUACCCCCGCCCCCGCCUCCUCCCCGCCCUCAGCCCCGCCACGACACACAGACAACACGACAAACAAUGACGAUGCCAAAGUCAUUUUUUUUUUUAGAGAAAGACAAAAAAGAUGAAAAGCGACGCGUAGUGCUGAUAGCGUGUGCGGGCUCGCAUCAGAUCUGGGCUCUGUUUCUUGACAACACCAUUUGGUGGAAAUACAAAAGUUAUACUGAAGGUACUUGCGUAUGUAUCGCGGGAUCUGGCGUGGAGGCGGCGCGGAACAGCGCAUACCCCAACACCGCAUGCUUUGCACAGCCCUCCGGACUCACAUUGAGGACUGGUACGAACCCGGAGAUGUUUAUCGCCGACUCAGAAAGUUCCUCGAUCAGAAGACUUACGUUGUCAACUGGACAAGUGUCUACAUUGUGCGGCGGGGACCGCAACCCUUUGAAUCUCUUCGCUUUCGGGGACGUUGAUGACAUCGGCGUGGAAGCCAAGCUUCAACACCCGCUGGGCGUCGCUUACUGCGAGGCUAACAAGACUCUGUACGUAGCGGACACUUACAACCAUAAGAUAAAGAAAGUGGACAUUGGACCUCAAAAAGUAACCACAUUGAAUCCUACUAUGAUUGAAACAUCGGACCCCGCUAUUUUCAACGAGCCGUCCGGCCUCUCAGCCAGUGCGGACGGAAAAUAUUUAUACAUAGCCGACACCAACAACCACAGUAUUAAAAUUUUAAAUCUGGCCAAGAACGUGUGCCAAGAGUUUAAAGUGCGCGUCCCGGAUCCCAAAUUCACGGAGCCGGAGAAUCUGAUCCUUUACAAGAACGAUUUGUUCAUCCACAAGAAGUGCGGCAAUCUUAUCAUUCACUUUAAUAUGAACUUGGAAGCUGACCAGAGCAAGGACGGCAAGACGACUGGUCGUGCGCCGCAGUUCACGCCGGGAGCUCCACAGAACUGGCACGUCUGGAUCAAAGACGACACAAACAAAGAUGUCACCCUCGAUGAAUUCGACUUCGUCUCCGGCUCCCGGAAAGGCACAAAGCUACCCGGCCGAGUCGAAAUGAAACUUAAACAUCAGACGGAUAAGACUCAUUAUCUCUUGUACCUCAGUUUCCAAACAUCUCUGUGCGAUGCUUCGGUUUGUUACUCCCACUUCUUCACAGUCAGGUCGACGAUUCUAGUCCGCGACUCCGUGAAGCCCGUGGAGUCGUACAGGAUUACGUGUAAAGUGAAUCCCGCGAUGACUCGUGCUAGCAAAGCCGAACAGAGCAAGAGAUAAUUUUGUACCAGCAAAUGUCCGCUACUUCCAUUGAUUACCUUCAAAUGUAGUCUUAAGAAAAUACUGUUGAUAUUAAUUCAUAUAUAUAAGAUGUAAAAUGCUUUAUUUUUUGUUUAUGUUUUUAUAUCAUUGUUAUAAAAAAUGCAUAAUAAAC